CUUUUUCACACUUCUAAUAUAAUAUAAUAAUAAUAUAAUAAUGAUAAAACCAGCAGCCCCACCUGAAGUUUCAGCAUGAUUGUUGAAAUAUGGCUGAUCGGCAGUGGGUCAAGAGGGGGAUCAUGAACCUGUGCCCUCUACUGGAUGUGUUCCUACCAAAUAUUUUUAUUCAUCAGUAUACUCACCAAUUACAAAGAAUGUUUAUAAACCAUGCUUGAACUGAAAGGCUAUCUGGGAUAGUAGUCUAUAGGCUAUUUGGUGAUUCACAGUGGCCUCAAAAAUAAUUUCAUAUUGUUGUAUUUCAUGGGGAUUGAAUUAUAGAUUAAUUAUGAAUACCAGGACAGUAAUAUUGUUAUUUUUAAGCCACUUCUGUGUAGCACUGUUUAAUUUACAUUUAUUUACUUUAUGUUGUGUGCAACAGCAGGGGAGUGUAACUGAGAUUUACUCAAGCAUUGUACUUAAGUAUAUGUUUGAGAUACUUUAAGUAAUUCUAUUUUCUACUACUUUAUUGUUGCUGUUUUGAGUGCAUUAUUUUUUUACUUAUAACACAUUACUUCUACACUGUGGCAUUGCUGCUAUCAGCGAAGAUAAAAGUAAAAGAUUUGAGUACUUCUUCCACCAUUGGUAUGGAAGGUAAAGCCCCUUGUUUCUGAGAGAUGUGUGUAGCCGUGGUUUGACAAAAUACAAGCGGACAUUAAUGUUUGAGAUAUCUAUCUGUUAAAUGGUUGUCAAACCAGUAGGUGUUAAAACAUACCCUCUUUCUGGUUUCUAACUGUGUGUGGUUUUGAGCAGAUAUUUGGACAAAACUACAUUACCCAUAAGUCCACAUAUUUCCGGGUAAAAGCGGAUGUGCUGUCGGAUUGGUUAGCGAACACCUUUCAAAAACAGUGCGCGAGUUGUGCAGUUUCCAUGAUUGUUGAGGAUUUGAAUCUUUUCAUUUAACUUAAGUUCAGCAGCAGCCGUACCGCUGCUUGAAAGUCUGUUAUUAUGUCGAGCGAUUCUACAUCUUAUCUGCUGUAAAUAAAGGUUUUGCUACAAAAAUCUCCCGCUUCAGCUGUCGACAUGAAGUGUUUGAAAGCGGACGAGUACAUCAAGCUGACCGCCUCUGUGGAAGAGACGGAGCAUUUACUGCAAGAACUAGAGAAUUAUCUGAAGAGUCGACCAGGCCUCCAGGGUCGCACGCUGUUUGACAGGGUCAUCAGAGCCUGUAACCAUCAACUUGGAGCUGGAUCCCCUGACUCUGACCAUGUCAGUCAGUUGGUAAAGCUAGUGGAGCUUUCCCUUCAUGGCUAUGAUAUUUCUGCAGCACUUGCUCCUCAGAGCACUCCACUGUACAUGGAAAAGAUCAUUUUCCAUAUCGUCAAGAAGCUAAGCUCGCUAGAAGCUCACAGUCAGUGCAGCCAUGUCGCUGAGUUGCUUUACAGCAGGCUUACCCCAGCACAACAGGGCGAAGACUACUCUGUUCUUUUGCGGAGCUGCUUCUCAGUGCUCUGGACUGGACUAGCUGCUGCCAAAGACAGGAAAAUCCUGAAUCCCCGGGACAAACUCCACUGCCAGUUCCAAGCUCUGAGCUUUCUCCUGUUGUUGGACACAGAAAGCACGACUCCUUUCCCCAAAGCUCCCACAUACACAGAGGAUGCCAUCGCUGAAUUUGAGAGUAGCUCUGGAGCGAUGAGCAAGGAGGAUGCUUCGUUUCUUCUCCAGGAAGUACGCUUGCUUUUCAGUAGAUGCCAGACUGGUGGUCGAAGCUUGGAGGAGGACAGGUCCAAGCAGUAUAUUGAGACAUCAAGUGCAUAUGUGCUGUUUGAAAUGCUGCUGAUUAUAGCUAGGGUGCUUUGUAAGGCUGGCCACUACAAUCUGGCCUCUACCUUCCUGAAUGAAAUUGAGAGCAAGGUUAAGGACUGUGCUGACUGUCCGUGUACAGCUCUGUUGCUUGGCAAGCGAGCAAUAAAAGUUUAUUCAACAAUGAAGGCUGGUGAGGAGAACGGCCAGGCUUUGACAGAGUGUGCUAGAGCCUUGAGGUCUCUCUCAGCGGACCUUGAAAACAGAGAGGCUCAUGCGGUUCUGGAAGGGUGUGGACUUGUGGUGUGGACUGUUGAGAAUGGCCACAGCAAGGGAUUAAGUGGUCCUGUACUCCUGGCCUGGUUUUCUUUCCUUGAGGAGCACCAGGAGCUGAUAUUAAAAAUGCUAAAGAAGAAUUUGACAUGUCAGACUGAGGGCAGCAGAUUGCAGCAGGCCCUUUGUUUCAGUAUUUACCAAGGCUUUGUAUUUGCUUAUGAGAGCAUGCUUGCAUCACAGCUGGAGAACAGUGAUACACUGGACAGAGUGCUGCUGUACUGCCAAGCCACAGCUGGACAGAUGAUGACUGAACUGCGCAAGCUGUCUAGUGAAAACCUUCUCAUCAAAGCAGUGAUUGCUGUGAGCAACUUAGCCUGUGGAUUGUAUAACCGGCGUCUCUAUGACCAGGCCUUCACGCUAGUUGAAAUCCUCUGCAGGGAUCUGUGUAAGAACUGCCCCGCCUCACUGUCUGUUGAUCGGUUGAGCCGGCCCUUCAUGCUAGCCGUGCAGACUUCUCGGCGGGCUGGACAACUGGAGCGAGCACUGGACUGGGUGAUUCUGUGGCUGAAAGCUCUGGGGGACCAGAUCCCCUCUCAUAUGGCUGAACCGGUCUCUCUGUGGGUGAAAACAAAGACUGACGCAGCACGUAACUCUGAGGAGGACAUCCGACUCAGGACAUUACGUGAUGGUUUUGGCCCCGACGUCCCUGAAGAGGGAAUAAUGCUCUGCCUUUUGGGGGAAGAGCUACGUGCCUAUAAGGAGGUGGCAGCAGACACUACCCAGGAGCGUUACAACACACUCUGCGAUCUGCUGGACAUCUGCCAUGAGGAGAGCUCCUACACACACCUACGUGCUGUCUACCUCUGUGAAAUGGCCCAGGUUGUGUGUUUCCAGGAUUUCAGUGAACAGACUGACUGCUCGGCAGUUGAUUUUACCCAUGAAGCUUUACGGCUACUGGAAGAAGAACCAGAGACCACAGAGAAUGUGGAUAGACUGAAGGAUGACAAGGCCCAUGCUUUGCUUUGGCUCUAUAUCUGCACUCUUGAGAAGAAUCUUCAGGAGGCCAUUGAGAAGGACAAAAAACUGCGAGAGUUGCGUGAGCAGACACGGUGUGUGGCCAAUCCCAUUGGAACCAAUGAUUUUGAUUAUGAAGAUAAGCAGAAGACACAGGACAGCAUUCUGGUCUAUGAAGGCCUGCAUUUCAACCUGGCUGCAGAGAACAAACUGUGCAAACCUUUGGAAAGAGCACUGGAAGAGUGGUCUGCUCUUCUGCAGAGUCAAGUUCUGCCUUCUGUCAGGAACCCCAAACAGACUUGUAGCUCCAUUGCUUUGACUGCGGCUCUCUUCAGACUCAUGGGAAAGCCACUGAAGGCUUUGGAAGCUUACCAACUUGCUAUUGGACUUUCACGCCAUCUUGCUGACACCCAUGGUUGUGCCAGCUCCCUCUGUCAAUCAGCCAGCCUCCUCCUGGAUAUGGGCGCCCCUGAACUGGCUUUGGCCCAGUUGGAACAAGCAGAAAAAAAUCUUACCUCAGAUAUCACUGCUGAGGGACCGUCUUCCCUCUCGAUGCUGGCAGUUCUGUUGAAAGCUCAGUAUUACUACAGCACAGGCCAGGUGGAUCGUGGAGUGCCUUAUCUGUGUGAGGUGCUUAAAGAAGUGAAUGAGCAGAGACAGUCAAAAAGCUGGUACCUGCUGCGUGCUCGGGCUCUGCAGACAUGCAGCUCAUACCUGAGUUUGGACACGGCUGCACUACCACAAUCUGAGCGCUGCCGUAUCACACAGCAUGGUAUAAAUAGCCCAGACACUGCCCUGUAUGAAGGCCUGAAGCUUCUCUGCAGCCUACUGGUCACUUUAGUGGGGAAAGGGCUCUAUGGGACUAAUGGCAGCAGCUCAGAUGUGCGCUUCAUCGACCAAGGAGAUAACCUUGUGCUGAAAUGGCAGCUGCUCUCAGAGCUGUUAACCUGCUCUAUGAGGAUGGUGGCUGUUAGGAGCAGCUGUGGGGCCAUCAAUGACGCCAGGCUCCAAUGCCUAGAAGCUCUUAAACUGGCCAUCAAGCUGCAAGCACUCAGCCAAUGUGCUGAACUGCUCGUGAUGAAAGCUGAGUUGGAGCUGAUGCAGGGGGAGAGAGAAGAAAGUGGAAUUGAUUUAGACAAAGUCAGAAACCUUCUGGAGCUCUGCACAGACUUUUCAGAUCAGGUGCAGAAGGCAGAGGUGAAAAUCAAACCGAGGAAAGGUCGCCCAGCACAGAAAUCUCAGUCUCCCUUACCUCCUGUGGAGGAUGAUUUUAAGGGCAUCCUGAGUACUAGGUGGAUUGCUAAAGAACCUGUAGUUAGUGAUCUGACCAGCUCCCCGCCACUCAAAGCCCAGCCUCGCCGCUGGCUCUCCUCUCUGGCACAUGAAUCUGACUGCCAGUGCCCCUGCUGCUCUGAGCCUUGUCUGGGCCGUGCAACUGCUCGCUGGGCAGCCACACAAGCUGAUCUGAUUCUGAAGCUGGAUCCCAAUGAAGCCAAAGUCAGUUUGAAACUUCAGUGGGCAACAUUAGCUCGCUGUAAGAGCGUCACUGCCAAACUUGGGGCAAAAUUGGCUAAACUCUUCCCUUCCUGUGGCCCCACCAAAGGCUCCUCUAAACCCGCCCUGAUGCAGGAUGUGGUGGGCCGGGUGUACCUUCGCAUGGCCCAGUCUGUGCUGGAACCAAGGCAUAGCAAGGUCUGUGGUAUAUGGAAAGUAUUGGAGGCUGGCUUAGCAUUUGUUGAUUCCACUCCCUCUCCUGUGCUAAGACCUGUGAGAGCAGGCCUAAUGGCAACUAAAGCCAUAGUGUCAUUGAUUACCUUGGCUUCCAAAAAGGGCUGCAACCCAGAGGAGCUGUUCUCAAAUGCUUGGACUUGGAACACACCAAAAGAGGUUGAAGAGCUGAAAUCAGAACAGAAAACAGUUCCUCCCUCAUCAUUGCUUAAAAAGUCAAAAGACUCUGUUAAAAACCCUGAUGUUCCUGACAAAACAAAGGAGGCAAAGAAGGUCAAGGCCGUCAAGCCCAAGAUUCAAGUGACAAGCUCCUCAGCCAGAGGAAAGGGGCUUGUUCCCAUGACUCCUGUAAUGGUAAAGGCAAAACCUUCAGUUAAGGAGCUCAGCGCUUUUGACUUCAACACAGUGGUGCCUACUUUGGCUUGUACUCCUGUUCAAAAGGUGAAAGCUCCUGCCUCAGUGCAGAAAACACUGAGGACUGCCCCAAAGCUACAGUUUCAUGUGUAUGAAGAGUUGUCACCGGUUCAAGACAAAGCCCAACCUGUGCCUGCUGCCCCCAGACGCACAAAGAAAUCACGUUUCAAAGUGGAGUUUAGCGAUGAGAGUGACUCAGAGGCUAGUACCCAAGCAGAGCCCAAAGAGAAAACAGAUGUCCCUAAAAAGAGACCAGCAACUAGAAGAGCUGCCCAGAGCGCUAAAACAGCCCCAGAUCCACCUGCAGAGAAGAUCCUACCUAAGAGGCAGGCUAAGGGUAAAAAAAGCACUGCGGUGCCACAGGCCAUGUCCUCUGAGGAUGAUGAGAGUUUGGUCUGUAAGUCUGCAUCAACAAGAAGAGGAAGAACCAGAAGGGAGCUGUCCAGGACAGAGGCAGAGACACUGGAGGAGCCAGACAAAAUGAGGACCAUUGAGGAGGAAACGAACGAAGUUCUGGACAUGAGCAUUGAGCAGCUUAGGACAUCAGACACUGAGACUGAAGACAAUCCUGCUUCAAGUAAAAAUUUCGACAUUGAUUUUGAAGUGUUGCGGAGGGAUAUGUGUUGUAACUUGGAGAGAGACGACUUGUCUGAGCUGAGGAGCAGAGGUCAUCUGAGAGUAGGUCCACAAACCCACCUCUCUCAUUCAGACACCAGGCCAGAGAAUCUCUCUCUUGAGGAUGUUCAGUUGUUGCUCCGCUCAGCCUGGCUGGCCCUUCAGCACUUCCCUUCUCCGACCAUUUACCCAACCCUCUGUGGUCUUCUGGCUUUGGCACUGGGACAGCAGGACCCCAUGACUACAGCAAUGCUACAUGCUCAGUCCUUGGGCAUCACAAGCCGCCAUCGCACAAUCAGGCAUUUAGCCAGUUGUCUCAAGAAGCUGAGAAAGUCGUCCAGUGAAUUGGCUGACAAGAUGGAUGCUCUGAGUCUAAAUGAGCUUGGUCCGACUUGUAAUGAACAGAGGUUGGCUCAGUUGGAGAAUAUCUUUUCCUUUCCCACUGCUGACUCCUCAUCUUUCCCCCAGAACCACUGCCAAGAGUUUAUCCACCAACUUCAACACCUUCCACCAGGGGUAACAGUGUGUGUGAUGUCUGUGCUUGGAGUAAAACCUGGUGAAAUAGGCGACAGCAUCAUAGUGACACGUCUUGAGAAAGGAUCUGUCCCUGUCACUGUUCAUAUCUCCACAUCUAAGCAGCAGUACCCAAUUAGCUGGCUCGUGCAGGAGAUGGAUGGUAUUCAAGUGGAACAGAAGGUUGUGAGCUGUGUGUCUGAGAAAGCCAAGUGGUGGGAGGGCCGCAGGGCACUUGACUCUCGAGUUGAGCGACUAUUGAAAGAGAUGGAAGGAUUGCUCGGAUGCUGGAAGAGCUUUCUUCUACCCUUUUCAUCAGAUCCAGAGCUCUCCAGUCAGGCCCAGCACCUUUGCAAGGCUUUGUCUGCCAGAGGAGUGACAUGCAGUGAGGAGAUAUUGAAGGCUGUGCUGUCUGCAUUUCCUGAGCUCUCCCAAGAAGAUCUCCAAAGAUUUGCUCUUGGAGUUUCUCCGCAGUGGGACACAGAGUGUGACCAGCUUCUCCAUACAGCUGCGUCCCAGCUUUCAGAGCGAGACAAGCCUUACGGUCAUGUGGUUUUCAUCCUGGACAAGUACCUUCAGAAGUUGCCAUGGGAGAGCAUCUCCAUCUUAAAGUCUCGCUCUGUCAGUCGGAUGCCUUCUCUGCACUCACUGAUUGGACUGAGCGUUCAGAAAGAGAUGGACUCUCACUCCAUCCUAAAGCAAGGUGUGGAUUCAAAGAAGGUGUUUUACGUGCUGGACCCUGACGCCAAUUUAGGAAACUCUCAGGAACGAUUCAAGGAAUGGUUUAGCAGUAAACUGGACUGGGAGGGUGUGUGUGGUGUUGCUCCUGACACUGGUGAACUGGAAGAAGCUGUGGCGACCAAGGAUCUGUACAUUUACGUGGGCCACGGCGCAGGCGCUCGGUUCCUAGACAGUCAGGCGGUCCUAAAACGGCAGAUGAGAGCAGCCUCUCUGCUCUUCGGCUGCAGCAGCGCUGCUCUGGCAGUGCGCGGGGAUCAGGAAGGACAAGGAAUCAUUCUCAGCUACCUCAUAGCGGGCUGCCCAUUUGUUUUGGGAAACCUGUGGGAUGUGACAGAUCGGGAUAUUGAUCGCUUCACUAAAGCCUUGUUGGAGUCCUGGUUAUCUGCUGGACCUGGAGCUCCCCUCCUGGAUUAUAUGGGCCCAUCACGUCAGGCCACACACCUGAAACACCUCAUAGGAGCCGCACCUGUGGUCUACGGCUUACCUGUCCACUUGCAGUAGGUGGGCUGGAGAGCUAGUACUCUUCUAUAAGCAGGAUGUAAAUAAUCCAUGCAGUAUUUCAACAUUAUUGUUUUGACACACAAGCUGGAGGAUGUUUUUUUAAAAAGUUUUAUCAAAAUUAAUAUACUGCAUUUUCUUAAUUUAAACCAAUCCAUCAAUUUUUUAAACCAAUGUAACUAUAGUGUGAUUUUUUUUUAAAAUAUCUUAGAAUUUUUAUUUUAAUGUGUUGAUUCAAUGUGUUAACGAUUGUUUUUUUUUUUUUUUUU